AUGAUAUCCUCCCCUCCAUCCCACGGACAGAACGCAGUCCCCGUGGAGCUCACGCCGGAUCCAGGAUUCUGCGUCAAGACUCGUGUCCAGCCUGAUGGUCACAAACUAUUCGUCAACAUUUGUCACCACCCAGCCAUUCCAUCGGCCGAGGGUCAUCUACCAUUGGUUCUCAGCGAGCGCCGUGAUGGUUCUGACAAGGCUGGACAGCCAUGUAUCAUCUUUGAUGCCAUAUUCAAUCCGACCGUAUGUAGCAAGGCUGCCAAGGAUACGAAGCUCCGCGGCACGUUGAUAGAUGUCGCAUUGUCUCGAAUCGAGGAGAAAACCGGUCUUACGUUAAGUCGAUCCAUCGCCACCCCGAACAUCAAGUCCAAGGGGGCCAUCCCACCAAGGACCGCCAGGAUCCCAGCGUUUUGGGCCUCCUCCGAGAAUAUUAGCACAGCUCGUAUUCAAGAAUUAGGCGCCCCAGCAGUGCCUUCAUGGAAUUGGUCCCCGACAAGAGAAGGUUGUCGUAUAGUGAUUCACGUCCCUGAACUGACCAAGUCCCUGCAUGCAUCAACCACACUCGAUAUUGAAGCCCGGAGACUAAUCUUUACCGCCGGCCCGCGAUAUCACCUCGACACCCCUCUCCUCCCACCAAAACAGGGAACGGGUGCACCCGUAGGUGGGACAAAAUUCCUGCCCACCACCGUGGAUCCGGACUCGGCUGUUGCAGAGUGGAAUGUGAAGAAGAAGGAAUUGGUUGUGCAAAUCAAGUGGGCGAGUGUGGUUGCGCGGGAAAAGGAAAAGGAGAAGGAGUAG